UCCUCCUUGACGGUUGCUUCAUCGCGAAUGUUGAAAGCCCGAGUUGUGUGUGUUUUGCUAAGAUUUUAAAGAAAUUUCCUGCUUCAACUCUUGAUGUGAGCUCCGAAUAUCGUCAAGAGUGUCCCAAGCCCCGGUUUGAGCCAUUUUGUGAAGUUUUUCUUUGAUGAAUUUGAAAUAAAAAGGCCAAGUCAACGACACCAAUCUCCAACCAAUAGGUUGGAUCGAUGUUUGGCUUCUCCUUGGCCACACAGCUAUUUCAAGGUUCCGCUCAACGUACUUGGAAUUGUGUUACCCAAUUUACGAAUUUAAUUUGGUACAAAUUCAAUCACAUACGGCAUCCAAUCAUGCCCCGUUCGAGGCGAAGACACCACUCCCGGUCCAGAUCCAGGUCCCGGUCGCAUUCCCACGAUAGAGAUCGUGAACCUAAGCGAAGAAAAGUCGACAGUCUCGACAGCCCCAAUCACAAGAGAUCUGUCAGUUGUGAACCUGAAAUUCCUUCAACAACAGUUGAAGAACAUGAAACAAUGGAAAUUUCAAAUAAUGAUGUCACCUUUGAAGAACUAAACGAAACUACCGAAAAACUAGAAGAAAGCACUACUUAUAUUCCAAAAACAGAUGAAUCGCAAAGUAAUUUGGAAGACAGUUCAACCACUACUCCUAGUAAAGAUGUAAGUCGAAAAGAAGAAAAAUUGCUUAUAACUCCCAAGAAGACAAUGAGUCCGAAACAGAUCGAAUCGGAGAUGAAACGUCAACAAAAACGUCUCGAACGUGAAGAACGCGAAAAAAAGAAACAAGAGGAACGGGAACGCCUUCGUUUAGAAAAAGAAAAACAAAAACAAGAGAAAGAGAAACAGAAACAAGAAAAAGAAGAAAUGAAAAAGAAGAAAAACGAGGAGAAAGCAAAAGAGCGUGAAAUGAAAGAAGAACAGAAACGUAAAGAAAAAGAAGAGAAAGAAGCUAAACGUAAAGAGAAACUAGAACGUGAAGAAGCGAAACGUAAAGAACGCGAACAAGACAAACUACGUAAACAGCAAGAAAUCGAAGAGAAAAAUCGCGAAAAACAAAAACUCGAAGAACAAAAACAAAAAGCGGCUCAAGCAUUUGUCAAUUUUUUCGUACCGAAAAAGACCGAAACGAAAGUUGAUGAACCGAAAACGAGUCUGUUUAUGCCGUUUCAGGUGAAAUCCGACAUGAGGUUGGCACCAUUGACACGACAUAUUUUGUCUGAUGAAGAAAAGAAUAAUCUUGAGGAAAUUUUGGUAAAGAAUGAUUCGGAUGUGUUAUAUUUGGGAGAAUUGAAGCAAGGGAAAAAAACCGGAACCUGUGGUGCUACUUGGCCCUAUGAGGAAGAUGUGAUAAUAGUUGAGGAAGAUUUUGGCGAAAGUAUUUGUGAAGAUAAGCAAAAGAAGAAGAUGAGGGCCAAAUUUUUGAAGUUUCAUGAGAAUCGAAGACCGGCUUAUUAUGGGACGUGGAGGAAGAAAAGUGAUGUGGUGAAGUCGCGAAGGCCAUUUGGUGAAGAUAAGAUUUUUGAUUAUGAGGUCGAUUCGGAUGAUGAUUGGGAGGAAGAAGAGCAAGGAGAGUCGUUGAAUGGGUCCGAUGAUGAGGAUAAGGAGAAUGAGGUUGAAAAUGAUGAUUAUGAGGUUGAUAAUGAGUUCUUUGUGCCUCAUGGUCAUCUCAGUGAUGAUGAAGUUGACGAUGAAGCCACGUCAAAGUUGUCACCAGAGUCACAUAAACAAAAAUUGAAGUUGUUAAAAGACGAAUUCGAUCAAGAUAUGCAAACUAAAACUAACAAGAUUAAGCCGAGGUCGAUUGGUUGUAUCUGGUACAAACGAGAUGGGUCAAAUGUUGAUGAGGCAAUUGAUAGACAUUUGAGACCGUUGGGGAUUAUCAGUAAUGGCCAGAUUGUUAUCAAGAAGAGGAAAGAUCUGAUUGGCUAUACUCCAAAUCGAAAGUUUGCUAAAGAAUUACGAGAGGAUUUAAUUCCGGUCUUUUUGAAACUUAUUCAUGGGAAUGUUAACAAAAGAACGAUGAUUGUUGAUGAGUUUAUCAACUAUAUGCAAAAUAAUGGAUACACAGUUGAAGUGUCUAAAACAUAUUUAGGAAAAACGUUGAAAAAGUUUGCCCAGUGGAAGAAAUGUGUUGAUGAAGGUCCAAUGUUAAAUAAAUUUUGUUGGUGCGUUGAAGAUGAUGUUAAAAAGAAAUAUUUGGAUAGCCAAAGGGCACACAGAUCUCGUCAGUACGAGAGAGGUUCGAGUGCGGAACGUCGUUACAAGCGCAGUCAUCGUCGAUCUCCGACGUCUAAGAAACGCCAUCGCCAUCGUCACGACAAGUCGUUGUCUAGACGCAAGCACAGCCGCCGUUCAUAUUCGACAGAUCAGUGUUCAGUCGUAUCCCGGAUAGUUGUACUAAUAACACGUCAUCGCGAAAUAUGCCCAAGGGGCUCAAUGUACGCCACCGGGUUGUCGUAUAGAUACCAUCGUCCGGACGAUAGGUAUACCAAUGAUCCCGGAUGGGAUAAGAAUGGUGGCGAUACCACCGUCACUAUGGCGGCGCCAAAUUCCUCGCGUAGGACGAGAUAUUCGCGGUCGUCGACGACGAGUGUUGCACAAUUAUUAAGCGAAUCGUGUUCAACACUUUUACAAAAAUUAACAACGAAAGUGCGAGGACCAUCAGAAUCAUCAUCGACAACAACACCAAAAAGGAAUUUCAACCCUUUAUCAACUAGUAAAAGUAGUACAACUAUACCUAAUUUCGGCUCUACGAGAACACGACUCGAGGAUAAGUAUUCUAGUGUCUUAGAGAAGAUUUAUGGAAGGAAAAGAGACCCAGAACGGACGAUUGAACCCUCACUUGCUAAAAGUGCAACCACUUCAAAUGUAUUGCUUUCGGAAAAAUCAUAUCCUUAUGUUAGCACUCGUGAGAAAACCCCGUAUCGAAGUGAUAAAAGUCGUCACAAUUAUCGUAAAUAUCAGGAACCACCGUACACCUAUUUGGACCAAGACUCGGCCUAUAGGGUACGUUACCGUUCGAACCAUUCCGAGUUGCGUCCACGACGAGCCUCUAAACCCUUGCUGAGGACUGGCAAAAGCGAAGUUAACGAUCGAAAUUUGAAACUUCAUCCUGUGGAAAUUUCUUUUGAUGAUGGUCCAGUGCCUGUUCAUGUCUCAAAACCCCAAGUUAUCGAUAACGAAACGACACCGACUCCUGCCGUUCCCGAUCCGUUAUCGGAACGAGAAGCCAAACGUAAAGAAAUCCAAAGUCUGAUUAUGAAAUAUUCGGCGUUAGACGAGGUGUAUAAUCGUGGUGGUGUUAACGGUGGGGCGGUUGCGGUACCGACGAGUUCAAUCUCGGCGACUGCUACCGCCAUUGCUAAGAAAUACCAUCCGGCGGCGUCGAGAUACGCGGUUAGCUCACGCGCGCCCUCAGUGGAAGACGAUGAAGAAGGCCAUCUCAUAUACCGAUCGGGAGACAUUCUUCAAGACCGAUAUAAAAUACUUGGCACUCUCGGCGAAGGUACCUUUGGCAAGGUGGUUAAAGUGAAAGACCUUGAAAUGGACCACUCUAUGGCAUUAAAAAUUAUAAAAAAUGUAGAAAAGUAUCGAGAGGCUGCUAAAUUAGAAAUCAACGUUUUGGAAAAAUUAGCCGAUAAAGAUCCCGACUGUAUACACUUGUGUGUGAAGAUGUUGGACUGGUUUGAUUACCACGGCCAUAUGUGUAUAGCUUUUGAAAUGUUGGGACUCAGCGUGUUUGAUUUUUUGAAAGACAACAAUUAUCAACCGUAUCCUUUGGAUCAAGUGAGACAUAUUGGAUAUCAGCUGUGCUAUUCUGUUAAAUUUUUGCAUGAUAAUAAAUUAACGCACACUGAUCUCAAGCCGGAGAAUAUUCUAUUCGUCGAUUCGGAUUACGAUUUAGUUUAUAAUAGUAAAAAGAGGAGAGACGUGAAAAGAGUAAAAAGAACUGAUGUUAGAUUAAUAGACUUUGGGAGUGCUACGUUUGAUCAUGAACAUCAUAGUACUAUAGUCUCAACACGCCAUUAUAGGGCGCCUGAGGUUAUUUUAGAAUUAGGGUGGUCACAACCGUGCGAUGUUUGGUCUAUCGGUUGUAUAUUAUUCGAAUUGUACUUGGGUAUAACCCUCUUCCAAACACAUGAUAAUCGCGAACAUUUAGCUAUGAUGCAACGUAUUCUUGGAGAGGUUCCAGUUAGGAUGGCACGUAAGACUAAAACUAAAUAUUUCUACCGUGGUAAAUUAGAGUGGGAUGAGAAGAGUUCAGCAGGUCGUUAUGUUCGUGAUAAUUGUAAACCAUUGACGAGGUACAAACAAAGCGAUGAACCGGACCACAACCAACUCUUCGAUUUAAUUUUCAAAAUGUUGGAUUAUGAACCUUCCCAAAGGAUAACGUUGAAGGAGGCAAUGUUACAUCCAUUCUUUGAUAAAAUCGCCUCACAUCAACGUCUGGGUGAACAUGGCGCUGGUGACGUCAGAAGAGAUAAAAGUUUGUCAAUGUCGCGAUGAGAAAGAGAUUUCGUGUGUUUUUUGCACCAAUUUCUUUAUUUUGUCACAGUCAUGUAUUUGAUUAUCGGACAAUAAAAUGAGCUCUGUUUUUAAUUCUGAUUUGUACAUUUUGGGUUUGUGACAUGUGUAGAAUGUGUAUGAUUCGCUAUCUGAUAUAAAAGUUGUUCUAUUUUCUACCCAUCAUUACACUCUAUAGGUUUUAUUUAUAAGGGUAAUUUAAUGAAUGUUACGAGUUAUGAUGUGUACAUAUUAAACAAUAAAGAUUUAAUUUUUAUCUAGA